CUCUCCGCUGGGAGUAGCACAAGCCGCGAUUAGCCCGUGAACUCCGCAAAAGCAGCGCGCGAUUUUGGAUCCAGGGCUCUAGAGUCCGGACUGUUCCCGAGUUUUCUUUCUCCCCCACCGCACCACCCCGCCUCCUCGCGCCGCAGCGGACGAGACCAUGUGCCCCACGGGCAGGUACCUGGGCCUCGACCUCUCCGCCGCGGGCGUCGGCGGCGACCUGAGGCCGGCGUUCGACGUGCUGGACGCGGACCGGGACGGCCGCAUCAGCCGGGAGGACCUCAAGGCCUUCUACGCCACCGCCGGGGGGCGGUUCGACGACGACGACCUGGCGGCCAUGAUCGCGGCCGCCGACGCCGACCGCGACGGCUUCGUGCAGUACGACGAGUUCAAGCGCCUGCUGGCCGGCCGCGCGGCCGCGGGGGGCGCCGGGGGGCGGUCCGCGAUGGAGGACGCGUUCCGGCUCAUGGACCUGGACGGGGACGGCAAGGUCGGGUUCGAGGACCUCAAGGCGUACCUCGCGUGGGCCGGGAUGCCCGCGGCGGACGAGGAGGUGCGCGCCAUGAUCCGCGUCGCCGGCGGAGGGGACGGCGACGAAGGCGUGGGGAUCGAGGCGCUCGCCAGAGUGCUCGCGGUCGACUUGGAAGGCAUCGCCCUCUGAUAGCUCUGAACUGCUUGCGGAGGCAGAGCAUUGUGCGUCGUUUUCCCUGUGAAUCUUUUCUGAAAACUCGGUUGGUGACACCGAGAGAUGGAUGUGAUUUGGUUGGUUCACGCGGACCUUGAGCGCGCGUGUAUUGCGCGUGUAUUUAACUGCCACUCCAUGAGAAUAUUGAAAAUUGCAUCGAUGCUGCCCAUUCAGGUGUUUUCAAUUGGAGUC